CAGUCUGCGUACCUAACCUGCGUACUGCGUUAUUAAAUAUUUGAGAAUUGUUGAUUGUCACCGAUUGUUGAAUAAAAAUCCGUAAUUGUUAAUUGUUAUUGUUAUACACUUUUACUACUUAUCAGUCAAAUUCUCUAAUCUAGUAAUCUCUAACUCAUCAAACAAUUGCUGAAAUAUCUCCGACUCCGAGUUGUUGUUUGAGCAAAUACUAAAGUAUUUUGUUUAAGUGUUCAAGAACAGACAUUUUACAAAUUUUUAACACACCGUGUUCAUACUUAAAAAAAUUAAAAUAUUUUACUUACAUUUUGAACUUAUAAAAUCGCUUUAAUUACUCUUCAGCAAUGCCUAUGGACUGUAUGGAUAAUGUGAACUUGGGUAACUGUUUGUGGUUUGAAGGAGGAAGUGAAAAAAGAAAUGUUGUUGCUGGGAUGAUAUCUGGACUUCUAUUUGCAGUCGGAUGGUGGCUAAUAAUUGACGGCAUGGCUGUAAACCCUAGUCAAGUACCUGGUACCUAUCACAUAUGUGGAUUGGUUGGAACAUUUUCAUUAUUUAUGAUUAAUGUUGUAUCUAAUUCUCAAAUUCGAGGAGAAGCUUACUCAGGAGGAUGGUUUGGACCUAGAGGAGCACGAAGUUGGUUGUUUAUGGGUUUUGUAUUGGGUUUUGCUGCUUUGAUUGCUGCUUGUUGGAUAUUUUUUGCCGACUUUGUAGCAGCUAAAAGUUCAAUCAAACCAAAUAUGACAGUUGGACUU